AUUACUUAUUCAGCUUUCAGAUGAUACUGUUUUACACCGUACUCGCGGUCAUACUGACCUGUGGUCAGAUGGCCCACGUGCCUAUGACCAGCGGUCACGACUGGGGAAAUAACAUCAAAGGUCACUUUGUCUUCCAUGCCGAUGAGCUGAUUGACGGUUGGGAACUCAUCAUCAAGUUUUCUUCGCCUAUGGUCAGAAUUCAGGAGAUGGAUGACAAGAUCGGCAAAGUCGUUAAGAAAUCUGACGACGGCUUGUUGUGGAUUAUAAGCAACAGACCCGAAUACGGAAUUGCACUUCCCGGAACGACGCUUGACAUUGUCUUUCAGGGACAAUUCUCAGGCAAUACAGCACCUACAGCAGUGGCCGAACUUAUCAACUUCGCGAAAGAUGGACAAACGGUUCCGACAGUUAUACCAUCCUCGGGAACAAAGUACGAUUACGAUGAGAUCUUGGAGAAGUCUAUUCUGUUUUACGAGGCUCAAAGGUCCGGCAAACUACCUCCUACAAACCGUAUACCAUGGAGAGGGGACUCAGCUUUGACCGAUCACGGACAAAACGGAGAGGAUCUUACGGGUGGCUGGUAUGACGCUGGCGACCAUAUUAAGUUCGGUCUGCCAAUGUCGGCGACCGUGACCCUGCUGGCAUGGAGUAUGUUGAGAUUUGGCGACGCUUACGAGCAUGCAGGACAAAAGGACUAUGCAUACGAUUGCAUUAGGUGGCCCCUUGAAUGGAUGUUGAAAUGCCACACGGCACCGGAAGAACUUUACGUCCAAGUUGGAGAUGGUGGCCCCGAUCAUGCAUAUUGGGGAAGACCAGAAGAUAUGACCAUGGCAAGACCAGCAUAUAAAGUGGACUCAAGUAAACCCGGAAGUGACGUAGCCGCUGAAUAUUCUGCUGCCAUGGCUGCUAGUUAUCUGGUUUUCAAGGACAAAGACCCAGAGUUCGCUGCGAAACUCCUAAGCCAUUCCAAACAGUUGAACGACUUCGCGACCAAGUACCUUGGGCGUUAUAGCGACAGUGUGAACGCGGCUGCAGGCUUCUACAGGUCUGACGCAUACGAGGACGAACUGUCUUGGGCCGGGGCAUGGUUAUACAAAGUCACCAACGAAACGAAGUACCUGACUCAGGCGGAACAGUACUACGUUACUGGCGGUGCAUGGGGGCAGUCAUGGGACGAGAAAAUCGCUAGCUCUUCGAUUCUUCUGUACGAACUAACAAGAAAGGAUGCUUACUUAAACGAUAUUGAAAGCACAUUCACGGAUUGGAUGCCUGGAGGGACUGUCCCGUAUACUCCAAAGGGACUAGCAUUUAGACUCCAGUGGGGAGCUCUCAGAUAUGCUUCGAACAUGGCAUUCAUGGCUCUGUUAGCUGCUGAGGAUGGUAUUCACAGUGAUGCUUACCGCGCAUGGGCAAUGUCUCAAAUUCAUUACGCUCUUGGGGACACCGGAAGGAGCUUUGUCGUUGGCUAUGGAGUCAACCCACCAACUCACCCUCAUCACAGAGCUGCCUCCUGUCCCUCGAUGCCAGCUCCAUGUUCCCACGCGGAUCUAAAGAAUUCUGGACCAAGCCCUCAUACUCUAUAUGGCGCCCUCGUUGGGGGUCCUGGCGGUUCUGAUGACUACAAGGAUGAUCGUGAGAACUAUGUCAACAACGAAGUGGCCUGCGACUACAAUUCCGGCUUCCAGGGAGCUAUUUCAGCAUUGGAGUCAUUAAGUCUGAGAGGCCUACUUCCGGCAACGCCAUAAAGACAACGUCUAGAUUCUAUGUGUGUUAUUUUUUUAAUCAUUAAAAACUGAGAAAUACA